AGGGCUUAUUCGAAGCCAUUCGAAUUCGGUCCGUUCGGCUCAAAUAGGAUCACUGAUGCAAUGAUUUCAUAUCCACACCUUCUUUCGCCUGAUAGUUCCGAAGGUACAUCAUCAGAAAUGGAUCUCCUAUCGGGAUUAUGGCAGCCACUCCUUGCUCGUCUACUAAUUGGCUCGCCAGCAAAGCUUCGACUGAAAACUGGCGAGACAACCAUGGAAAGUGCCAAUAAAGAGAAGCAGGAAAUGUUUGAAGAUCCCAAUGCUACCUCAUUCAAAAUCGAUGGACGUGUUAUUCUUGACUUUAGAGGUCAAGAGCAUACCCUCUGUGUUAUGGAGGUCGCUCGCUCACCACAACUCAGCAAAGUUCACUCGGAUGGUGCCAAAGUUAUUAGGGAGGCAAAAAAUAUCGCUAAUUGUUUGGUAGAGAUUCUUCCCGACGACAAAGACCUUUUAUAUAACUCCACUGCAUUUGGCAUCCAAACUGCUGGUCUAAGUGGAUGCAUAUUCUCCCUUCUUCUUGUUGCCCUGGCACUCUAUGUCGCUGUUCCAGAGGCUAGCUUUGAGCUUCCGACCUCCGUGACAACACUACCCAAGUUUAAAUCCGUUAUCAAUACACUUUAUGAACUACGCGACAAUCUCAACUGCUUGGGAAGUCUUACUCGUGACAACUUGACAAAAAGAAAAACUCUUGCGGAUCAACUGGAGUUUAUAGAGAAGGAAGAGGGUCUACAGCGCCGCGCACGGGCAAAUGGAUCAUGGCGAACGCAAUAG